AUGAGCUCCAGCCAGUCAAAUAGAACUUUACAGUCCCCGGGUGAGAGCGGUCCCCCGAACCCAGUGGGCAUGAGGAGCAUGAGUCCAUACGAUCGUGCCUUCCAACAACACCUAAUCGAUCACGAUAUUUUGCCCGUUGGCUACGAAUAUCCCGAGGGCAGAUUGCCUCCUAAACCCGAGAAUAUAGACGAGAUCCGUCAAGCGCUCGCACAACCUAGAGCUUCUCUGUCUCCCUCCAAGUUCACAGAGGAAGAAUUUCUCAAGUUCGAACGUGCCGAUGCACAGGCGGCUAAAGAGCGAGACGUCACUACAGCUGUCAUUCCAAUAAUGGAUGGAGACGUGGGGGAUCGGAGAUGUGUCACUGGCGGAGUUCCAUUUGCGAAUCUCGUCCAUUUGACAGACGGUACACUCGUAAGAGGCUGUCCCGACCGAUACUACGGCGCACGGCCCGAGCAACUCCACCGGACAAUCCGUAGAGAGUUAAACGGAAAGAUCAUCCCUUCCACUCCGCAUGAUCUUCCCAUUGCGCCCAACUUCUAUCUAGAAGUAAAGGGGCCCAGAGGGAUUCUCUCAGUCGCAACGCGACAAGCAUGCUACGACGGCGCACUCGGCGCCAGAGGGAUACAUGCCCUCCAAUCGUACGGGCAGUCAGAACAACGAUUCGACAACAAGGCCUAUACCAUCACAUCAAUCUAUUAUGGAGGCAUGCUCAAGAUGUACACGACUCAUCCUAUACCACCGUCUACUCCAAGUAGGCAACCUGGCUUUAUCAUGACGAAAAUCAACACGUGGUGUUUAACUAAUAAUGCCGAUACCUUCCGGCAGGGAGCUGCUGCGUACCUGAAUGGCCGGGAUUGGGCAAAGCAACAAAGAGACGAUGCAAUUGAGCGAGCCAACGAGAGAUUGGUACGAGAUGAAGCUGCUAUAUCGCCGCCGGUUCGUGUUAGCUUGGCGCGGAGCUUUGCAAGCGAGGUGUCAGCCGCCGACACAAUUGCCACAAGCCAAAAGUCGAUUUUGGAUCCAGAUCCGAAUACACCAUGCUCUUAUGAGUCGGAUACAUCAACCGACGAAUUGGCAUUGGAACUUCAGCCCUCUGCCAAGCGCAUCAGGUGGCGCUUACGCACUCCGCGGAAGAAGCCAUGA